AUGUCAAAACUCGUUCUCACCCUACUCAUUGUCCUUCUAACAACAAUUGUCAAAGUUUCGUGCAGUGGAAAACUUGUCGCUUUCAUCAACUCUCCAAAAUCCGCAUUUAUCACCGCUACCGUGUGCACAACGCCAAGCUGUCCGAUUCCCGACUCCUCUUCAGCUUUGUCGCCCCUCUACAGCGACAUCCCACUCAAGAUCAUGAGCCCUGAUUUUAUGGAUCCGCAGCGUUUCUUCGACAUUCACAUAAUGAUAUACAGGAAUAAUAAUACUAAUGAUUUGAUUGGUUCAACCCAUUUCACCUCCGAGUUCGAUUCAACAUGGCAAUAUGCCAAUAUUGAAACAACGGAAAUGUUCAACGUCACGCUCAAGGUGAAAACCGUAUGCGACAAGCAUUAUUAUGGAAAGAAAUGCGAUCGAUUAUGCAAGGAAAACCCGUUUCUUCAUUUGGAAUGCUCGAAAAGCGGCGAGAAACGGUGCAAGGAUGGAUGGAGCGGCGCGGAUUGCAUGAAACCAAUUUGUGCCGAAAAUUGCAACGGACAUGGCAAAUGCACACUACCUGGCAAAUGCCAAUGCGCGCCAGGAUUCGCCGGCGAUCUUUGCGAGAAAUGCAUCACCAAGAAAGGCUGUGUGCAUGGAACGUGCGCCAAUAACACAUCGUACACUUGCCAAUGUGAGCCCGGAUUUGCUGGAGAGCUCUGCAAUAAAAAGCAAGAAACGUGCACCAUCGAGAAGCCGUGCAUGAACGGCGGCAUUUGCCGUAACGCGAGACUCGGAAGAUUCCAUUGCGAGUGCCCUGAAGGGUUUUUUGGCGAUCGCUGCGAGACGCCAGUCAGCGUCGUGAAGUGUCAACACGAGAACGGGCAGAAUGUGUGUCUAAACGGAGGGGUUUGCUCGUUGGCGAAAUCUGUGAUUCAUUGCGAAUGCCGCGAAGGAUUCAAGGGAAAAUUCUGCGAACUGCCGCAGACUUGUGAAGACGUGAAGUGCAAAAAUAAUGGAGAAUGCGUUUUAAUUGAUGGCAAAAUUCCGGUGUGCCAAUGCUCGCCGUGCUAUCGAGGCAAAUUUUGCGAGAUUUUGGAUUCUGAAUGCCUUGUUGCGCGAUACAACGCAACUGUCGCGAAAAUCCACUCGGCUCGUUUUAACAAUCACAGUCUGAUUGUUGUGGAAGCCACAAUAUCGACGAGAUCAAUUAUCUUUAUGACGAGCAUUUUAAUAUUGGUUAUUGUCGUCAUGGUGCUGACAUUCUUGUACUUGACGAGAAACCGCGCGUCUUCUCGUACAGCCGAUGAAGACCUCGAUUCGGAGACAACGUUCCACCGGAAACCGACCUUUAAGGUGUGCGUCAUAAACGCCGAACGGCAUUCCUCAACAGUGGCUCCGCGGACCAGCUCGCCGCCGCCUGAAUAUUCGCCGCCACCGCCAAGAUAUUCGAAAGAGUAUCACAAAGUGCCGACGAUUGAUCCAAAAGAGAUAAUUGUGUGA